AUGAAURGUGCGAAACAACAAUCGGUCCAAGUAGACGACAAGGUGGAUUGUGUAUUUGAGUGCAUUGCAACACACUGGUGCCGUUCGGUGAACUUCAGAACUAUGCCCUUGAAAAACAGUGAUCGACAUGUUUGUGAGCUUAUUUCAUCCGAUCAGUUUACYAGCAAAGAACAUCUAAAACAGAAUGCAAUAGUUGACCACUACAGUGCUAAAAAUCCUUGCGAGAACAAGCCAUGCAAAAAUGGAGGAGAAUGUAGCAUUCAUUACGACAGACAAGACUACAAAUGCAAAUGUAAGACAGGAUUAUCAGGGAAGAAUUGUGAAUUAAUGGGCGAUGGAAGGAGUCGCUAUGGAGACGCUGCUAUCCAGCUAUUUACAGAGAAGAAAAACUGGACCGAUGCUCGUAGUUAUUGUCAGUCGUUAGGUGCUGAUCUUCUCUCCAUAAACAGCUCACACGAAAACGAUUUUGUAAAGGAAGUCUUUCUGAAGCAACUGAGCUUAUCCACCUAUAGAAAUGAUGUUCCAGAAUUUGAUGUUCCUUACCAAGAAUUGCUGUUAAACCAAUCUUCGCCAAUUGUGAAACUAAAAGGAACAGCUGGCGAUGUGUUGUACAAAGCCGUAGAUGGAGAGACUGCUUUGUAUUUUAGUGGUAAAGCCGAUGGAUAUGCAGAAAUUCCUGAAGUCGAUAUCAGUCCAGACGGGUUUACCAUURCUUUUUGGAUAAAGCCCCUCACCCAUGCCACAGAUGGUGUUUGGGUUCUUCCUAUGAAACUUUUUAACCAACAGUCAUCUAUGAUUGGAUUCCUUUAUUACAAGACGGGAAGGAACCUGUUUACUUUAGACCUGGGCGAAGGAUUUAAUCGUGAAUUGAGAAAUAUGGAUUUUGAUGUCUGGCACCAUGUUGCUCUCAGUGUAAAUAAUAUUACUGGUAUUCGGUAUUUCGUCAUGGAUGCGACAAAUUAUCGUACUUGGAAAAGCAGCAUACAUCCCUCAGUCACAAACAAGAUGAAGCUUGCUUUGGGARCUAACAAAAAUUUCUAUGGAUACAUCAAGAGAAUUUUAGUCAUUCAAAAAGCGUUGGAUAUCAAUGAGAUUCAAACAAUUACAUUUUGGAAUGARCACGGUUCGUGGAUUGGUCUGAACGAUCAAGAAAACACCGGUCAAUUGAKYUGGUCUGACGGUACUYCUGUUGGUCAGUUCAURCCUUUCCUWAGAGAAAUGCCCGAACUAUCAGUCUCUGGACGGAAGUGCGUUGCUGUUAAUAAAAAUGGGACAUGGCUUGAUAAGUUGUGCAGUAUGAAAAAUCMAUUUCUUUGUGAGAAGCGGAAUUGAACAAUUWAGUAGUUUUCUUCWGAACUUUURAAACGGGACACUUUCGAAUUGUCAUAAUUUUCAUGUGGUUUUUCAAAAUAUUCCAUCGUAAAUUAAAAUUAAACAC